GGUGCAUUUACACACCAAAAAUUAUUACGCAUUUCGCAGUGUUUUUGAUGAAAGUUUUCUCAUCAAUACUUUUGGUUAAUUUUACUGUACACAAUGUUUUGUUUACGUUGUUACUUGUUACCUGUCUUUAGCAACUGUUAAUCUACCUAAAUUAUUUUAUUAAAUUUUACAUUAUCUAUAAUAAUUAUUAGUACUAUUACAAUUUCAGUUAAACAAAUUUAUAAUAAAAAAUUAACAGUAUGUUUCGUGAAGCUCCAAAAAUCAUAAUUGAUGAUGUACAAGCUCCUUCUGCAUCAUUUACUGUUAAUAUAUUGAUGGAAGAUCUUAUGGAAAAACUUAAAAUCCUAGACUAUGACAAUGAUUUUGUUCAAGAACUUAAAAUGAAACCCAUUAACAGACAUUAUUUUCUUGUUCCAAAGAAUCCUGGUGAACAAUUUUUUUGUUUUACAUCAUUGGCUGCUUGGUUAAUUAGAAAAUCUGGUAAAAAAUUUGAACAACCACAAGAAUCAGAUGAUCCAAAUUCAACAAUAUCAUCAAUAUUAGAUUAUCUAAGAAGUUCUGGUACAUUAAUUGAAUUUCCACCAAAUAAAUUAAAACAAGGUGUUGGAGAACAUGCAAUUUAUGUACUUGAUUGUCUUGCUGAUCAAGCAAUAAAAGCAUCAAAUUUUAAAUGGCAAAAACCAGAAAUAACAGUUAAUGAUUCAAAUGAAGAAUCAGAAAUUGAAGAUGAUGAUGCUGAGUUAGUAUUGGAAAAAGUUGAAGAAGAAAUGAUGGCUAAUUAUGAUAAUGAUGAUGAUGAUAAUAUCAUACACAUUGAUGACAUUAUUAAAAAUCACAGUGACUUUGUGGAUAAUAUUCAAAAAGCUGAUAAUAUAUUAGAAUCACAAACAGAUGCUGAAGAAUGGAAAAUUGAAUUAGAACGUGUUAUUCCUCAGUUAAAAGUUACCAUUAAAACAGAUUCUAGAGAUUGGCGAGCUCAUAUAGAACAAAUGAAACAACAUCAAGGAAAUAUAUCAAAAGAUUUUGAUAAUACAAAAAAUCAAUUGGAAAAACUUCAUAAUGAUAUUGAUAUUACAUUAGAAAAAAUACAUGCACGUGAAAUUUAUUUGAAUAAACAACUUGAGCCAUCGUUAAUUGAAUAUAGAAGUCUUCAAGAAGAAUUAUCAAAAGUUCGUGAAAAAUAUAGAGAUGUAUCUGGUGGUGUUACUGAACGUACAAGAACACUUAAUAAAUUAACUGAAGAAUUAGAACAAAUUAAAAAAGAAAUGGAUGAACGUGGUUCCAGUAUGACUGAUGGAACACCACUUAUAAAUAUCAAAAAAAAUAUAACAAAAAUUAAAUCAGAAAUUUCAGAUAUGAGUGUUAGAAUUGGAGUUUUAGAAUAUAGUUUAAUGUGUGCAAGAAUUCGUGAUAGAACUCAACUACAAGAAGAUAUGAAUAACACAAAUUUAAUAAAAUAAAUUAUUAAUAAUUAAUUCACCAUAAAAAAAUAACAGCAAGUACAAAAUUAAUUUAUUUAAAUUAUAAUAUUUUAAA